GCACACCGAGAGAGAGAGAGAGAGAGGGAUGGAAAUAAAUUAGUCAAACCAAAUAGAACCCCAUCUCUCUCCUUUCUCUCUCUCUGUCUCGCGAAAUAAUUUCUCCAUCAAUUUUUUUUCUUCCUAUUUUCCCUUUAUUUUUCUCAUAAUUAUCCUGCUGGUGCUGUUGUUGAUCGAUUUCCAAGUGUCAGUGGAUCGAGACUACCGAGCUCCAUUCUCUGCUUGGCUCUGCUCUCAGAUUCUUAGUUCAGUCGAAACCCUAACCCUCGAAUUAGAUCGAAAAGGGGUUUAUUGCAGUAAAAAAAAACCGCUGCUUCUAACUUUGUUUGAUUCAGUAACCCUAACCUAGGUUAGAUGAGGGGGAUCGAGGAAGAUGGCGGGGGCUUUGGGAACCCUAAUCCCGCCGUUGGUAAGGAAUUAGGGGUUAGCAGCGGAGAUAAUGCUUUCUUUGAUGCUUCACAAUAUGCAUUUUUUGGUGGUAAAAGUAUUCUGGAGGAAGUCGAGUUAGGAGGAUUAGAUGAUGACGAAGAUGGUAAUGGCUCUGGACUCGUUGGGCCUUAUGACGAGGAAUAUCAUUUUCCCUCUAUUGAAGAUAGGGAGGAGGAGGAGAUUCUAGGAUCACUAUCUGAUAUCGAUGACCUCGCAAGCACUUUUGCAAAGUUGAAUAGAAAUGUUAGUGAACCAAGGAGCAUUGGAGUUAUUGGGGAUAGAGGAUCACUCUCGAGAGAAAGUUCAUCUACUGCAGACUGGACACAGGAAGCAGACUUUUCAAUUUGGCGAGAUCAACAGGUACUAGAUGCUGAAAAUGUGCAGGAUGGUAAACGAUGGAGAUCACAACCCCACAAAUCUGCAGCUUGGUUUGCUGAAGCAAAGCCACUGCAUAGAACGACUUCAUAUCCUCAUCCUCUACCACAACCACCACACUCGAGUACUGAUGCUAUUCAUGUACCUGCUGGUCGAUCUCAAAUUCUGUCUCGUCAUUCUAGCAUACCUUCUAGUUUCCAGAUACCAUACACUUCACCAAACCUUUCAUCCUUCACUCCUCAACUUCAUUUAUCAGGACUGCCACAUGGUCCCCAUGGUGGAAAGAUGGGUCAGUUUUCUCCUUCAGGACUCUCCAUUAAUAGUAGGUCUCCGUCUCAGAACCAGUGGUUGAAACAACCUAACAUAUUUACCAGGGAUGAAACCACUUUAUUGCCUAACAUGUUAAGGCAACAGUUAUCUCUGCCAAAUCGGUUAUUGCCAUCACAUUUAUUAUUGCAGCAGCAGCAGCAGAGAUUACAGCAACUUCAACCACCAUUUUCCCAUUUACAAGCUCAAAUAUUCAACUCCUAUCCUCCACCACCGCAUAUGACGAACAAACUUGAUUUGAUACUUGGAAUGGGUGACCUUCGAGAGCAAAGGCCGAAACCUUCUCCAAAGGGAAAACAGAAAAUGAGAUUUUCUCAACACAGUUCCGAUGCUAGCCAGAAGGUUGAUAUUUCUUUUCCACAAUUUUCAUCCAAGUACAUGACAGCUGAAGAAAUCGAAAGUAUUCUGAGGAUGCAGCAUGCUGCAACUCACCGUAAUGAUCCUUACACAGACGAUUACUACCACCAAGCUUGUUUAGCAAAAAAAUCCGCUGGUUCUAGAAUGAAACAGCAUUUCUAUCCAUCAUCUAUCAGGGAUCUGCCUUCUAGAUCCCGUACCAGUAAUGAACCACAUGCGUAUCUUCAGGUUGAUGCUUUAGGGCGGGUUCCAUUUUCUUCUAUCCGAAGGCCUCGGCCCCUUCUUGAAGUUGAUCUGCCAUCUGUAUCUGGGGAUGGAAUUCUUGAGCAGAAAUCUUCAGCGAGGCCACUUGAGCAAGAGCCUAUGUUGGCAGCCAGAAUUGCUGUUGAAGAUGGACUCUGCCUUCUCCUUGACAUCGAUGACAUUGAUCGCCUAUUGCAGUCCAGCCAGCUACAAGAUGGUGGGUCCCAACUGAGGCGGAGGCGCCAGGUUCUUCUAGAAGGUCUUGCGGCUUCACUUCAGCUUGUUGACCCCCUUGGCCCAGGUCAAGCUGGCCAUUCUGUGGGGCUUGCACCAAAAGAUGAUCUUGUGUUUCUUCGUCUGACCUCGCUUCCAAAGGGCCGGAAGUUACUUUCUCGCUUCCUUCAGCUUCUUUACCCCGGAAGUGAGCUGACUAGAAUAGUGUGCAUGGCUAUUUUCCGUCACUUGCGGUUUUUAUUCGGCGGUCUUCCCACUGAUUCUGGUGCGGCUGAAACUACAGUGAAUCUUGCUAGAAUUGUCUCUUCUUGUGUUCGUGGAAUGGACCUCAAUGCUCUCAGUGCUUGUCUCGCUGCUAUUGUCUGUUCUUCAGAGCAGCCACCUCUUCGACCUCUUGGGAGUGCUGCUGGUGAUGGAGCAUCAAUCAUUAUAAAAUCCCUUCUUGAGAGAGCAACUGAUCUGCUUACUGAUCCUCAUGCUGCCAGCAGCUACAGCAUGCCCAAUCGAUCUCUUUGGCAAGCAUCUUUUGAUGCGUUCUUUGGACUUCUCACGAAAUAUUGUGCGAGUAAAUACGAUAGUCUAAUGCAAACAUUGCUCAUGCAGUCGCCUAGUAUGCACAUUGGAUCAGAGUUGAGUAGAGUUAUCAGCAGAGAGAUGCCUGUGGAAUUACUGCGUGCAAGUAUUCCUCAUACUGAUGACCAUCAGCGUAAGCAGUUGCUUGAUUUUGCUCAGAGGUCUAUGCCCGCUACAGGAUAUAGUGCCCAUGGAGGUAGCACUGGACCAAUGACUUCUGAAUCAGUGCCAGGCUAAUGGACAGUGAUAUAAAGUAAGUGCCUAUAUGUCACAGGUUUGAGAAUCUGUAGAAGUCAGGUGAAUUACCGGUAACUCGUAACUUUUGUCAAAAACUUUUAAUUGGAUAGCUUUCCAGUUUUACUGGUUCUUGUGUAAUUAGGAUUCUAAUAAUAUGUAUACAUGUUGGUCUUUAUAUGUGUUGCUCGAGUACAUUGGAGUAGUUGUGGUUGGAAAAUUGUCCUUCGGUGGAGCCAAGUUUUGGUGCUCUGGAUGGGGGACCCUCAGAUAAUUGGGGUAGUGGAUAGAUAUCUGUACAGGUUCUGUUACUGGAAGCGGUACUUUGAAGAUGGGGUGAAUGCCCACAAGAUAGCUCUUUUACGUAUGCUUUUAGUUGACUGGAAGUUACUGAUGACAACUUUGUGCUUCAUGCGUGUUGUUAUAAGAUGCACGUUAGUACCUGUAACAUUAUUUCUUGACUAUAUUUUGUGUCAAAUUUCUUUUUAUGUGUUCUGAUUA